AUGGCAAGUUUCCCCCGGAACAUUCCAAAAUCCAUGAAACGAUUGAACUUGGGAAAUAAUAGGAUAUCUAGCAUUUCGCCCGGUGCGUUAUCAAAUUUGCCCCAACUUUUUUCUUUGACCCUGCAGAAAAACAUGAUAACCAACAUCAGACCCGGUACAUUUUCAGAUCAUGCUACGCUGGGAGUGGUGUUCCUGGAAUAUAAUAAGAUAAUAGACCUACGCUCAGGUGCAUUUUCAAAUCUACCCGCUCUUCUUAAGUUGUUUUUGUCUGACAAUAAGAUAAAUUACAUCCAACCAGGUGCAUUCUCUAAUCUACCGAGACUCUUUCUCUUGAAACUAUCCUCAAACCAGAUAACUUCCAUCCAGCCAGACACAUUUUCAAAUCUACCAAGACUCAGUUUAUUGAACCUGUCUUGUAACAAGAUAACUUCUAUCCAGUCAGCUACAUUCACUAAGAUACCCAAGCUAACAAUCACUGAAUCUAACAAAAACACCACGGCUGGUGUAGUAACUAGUAGUGACAAUAACCAGUAUGAAGAUAUAGAUAUGCCUCAACAUAAUCAGACAGGACAGAGUCAGUCUCAGGACAUCACUGAACACAACACAAACAUGCCAGUUAAUGUAGUAACUAGUGCUGGUAACCAGUGUGGAGAUAUGACUGAACAUAAUCAGACAGGACAGGGUCAGUCUCAGGCAAUCACAGAACACUCCAAAAACAUGCCAGUUAAUGUAGUAACUACUGCUCAUAAUCAGUAUGAAGAUAUGACUCAAGACAAUCAGAGAGAGCAGGGUCAGUCUCAGGCCAUCACUGAACACAACACAAACAUGCCAGCUAAUGUAGUAACUACUGCUCAUAAUCAGAAUGAAGAUAUGACUCAAGACAAUCAGACAGGACAGGGUCAGUCUCAGGCAAUCACAGAACACUCCAAAAACAUGCCAGCUAAUGUAUUAACUACUGCUCAUAAUCAGUAUGAAGAUAUGACUCAAGACAAUCAGAGAGAGCAGGGUCAGUCUCAGGACAUCACCCACCACUACAUAAACAUGCCAGCUAAUAUAGGAACUAGUGCUGGUAACCAGUAUGGAGAUAUGCCUCAACAUAAUCAGACAGGACAGGUCGUCAACAUGGCUUAA